AAUUUGGUGUAUUGAACUUAUAAUUACAUUUCCAGCCCUUUAAGCAUGUAAGUUAAAUUCACUCAAGUUUUGUUUGCACAUUACUUGACAUUUUUAAGGUGACCGGUUUCCUCAACAAAAAAAUGUCGGUGUACAUUUUAUAUACAAUUCUAUUUUUUCUAUUUUUUUUUUUAAAUCAAACGUCUCUCGUGUCAAAGAGCCUGACUUGUUCCGCUGGCACUGUGAAGAGAAGCAAGAGCACAUGUUCAAAAUGAGCCCAGAAAGGUAAAAGUGUGACGCAAAGACUUCCUGUGAUGCAACCGGUGAUAAAUUAAACCUCAGUUCUAUUUCACUCACUGAGACCUCAACAGCACCAGGGCAGCCUCCACGGUAACAGCACAUUUCCAUUCACUCCACACAUCAUAGCAUUCGUGGACAACUGUGUAAUUGUUCUUGUCUUUUUCAAAAGAUGUCAACUUUUGGUGUAUAUUUAUGCAUGUUUUUAUAUUUGUCAUAGUCCUGUCACAGGCAGAGAUUAACUACCUGAACGAUAAACGCCUUGUGUUACAGAACCAGCCGAUAUUGUCUAAAAAGAAGAAAAGACUGACAGAGUGAUACUCAUCUCCAUGGAGACAUGAAGUGUCUGCAGCUCCUGUUCGUGUGUUGGUGCUCCAGCGUCCUCGAUGCGACCAGCUGCAUCAGAGUUGAUGGUUAUUCAUGUGUGAGUGCCUAUUGGAAGACAGUGACCUGUGACUUGAACAUCACUGAUAGUCCUGUGGGACGGUCCAACACCACUUACAGCCUGAAAUUCACUGAAUUAAGGAAGGGUACGAUUUCCAUAUGUCCACUUGUGUUUAAGAAUCACAGUUACAGCUGUGACUGCAAGGUCUUGAGCUCAAUCUCUUUUAGCGUCUACAAUAUGUACACCAUACAACUUUGUCACGACUCUGGCUGCUGCACUCUACUGAAGACAUUUUCCCCAGCACAGAACAUUCAGCUGACGCCCCCGUAUGAAGUUGAGUUCCGACAAAUGGCAGAGGUUUUAAACAUCACUUGGAAAAGCGGCUAUGAAGUGCAUCCCUACUUCUACAGUGACCUUGACUACGAGCUGGUGCUUCAGAAGUCUCACAGCAGCGAGAGCAAAAAAGCGACCUCGAGAUGGACGUCUACAUCGUUUACAAGAGAGCAAAUUGAUACACGCGCGACAUAUUGCACUCAAGUGAGAUCGAUACCUCAUGCGAAAGAUUAUAGUGCAGUUUGGAGUAAAUGGGGGCCGAAGACGUGCUGGAAUGGUGCCCAAGAAGACGCUUUCUCAGAACAAGAAAAUAUAUUCAUCACUUUGACCAAAUCUCUGGGCCCAGUGUGUGUGGUUGUUGGAGUUUUGCUGUUUGUAUUCCAAAGCCCUGCUGCAAGAAUGAAGAUAAAAACUCUGUCCCACGCGCCGUCGCCAGCUCCUUUCUUUCAACCUCUGUUUCAAAAACAUGAAGGCAAUCUGCAGGAAUGGCUUUCACCUCAAGGCAAAUUUGCACUAACGUACCAAACUGAGGAGAUCUUGAUAACCGAAGCUGUGACUGUUGAGCCGAAACCCAUCACAAAGGACCCCGAGGAGAACCAGGACUACCACAACCCUUCUGUAACACAAAUGCUAUUCACUCAAACCUCCUAUGUUGGCUUACCUGGGACGCAUGAGGCCUCCCAGCCGAUCACCAUGGUCUGUCCGGCAGGCACUUCUUACACUCAGCUCCCCUGCUCUGUCUGGGGCCUCAGCAUUGGAGAAGUACAAGUUGUUUCCUCUGCAUCUCAAGAUGAAGAUGUCUGGGAUGCGUCAGAGAGCAGCCAUGCCGACUCUGGUUGCAGCUGCCAUGACCUGACCCAAAGCCCUGAGUGCAGUUUGCCAAACAGUCCCGUUGGUGACAGUUUACCACCAUGCUACUGUAGCGAUUACUGCAUCCUCAACAAAACAGCAGGGGGUGUUGUUCCUGUUUUGGUGUCCAAAUGA